UUAUCAAUAAUAUUGUUUAUGAAUCAUUCGUAAACACCGAGUUGAUUUUUUGAUUAUUAUUCACAAAGAAAUUUUUGUAUUUAAAUUUUUAGUGUCAUUUUAACUUUAUUGAAAUUUUGAUAUUAAUUAAUACAAAUUAUAUCAAUCAUGGUUCGAGGUGGUGGUGGACGUAUGAAUAUGAACAGAUUUCCGCCUCCAUUAGGCGGACCUUUAGUUUCGCCAUACUUAAAUCGUAAAGUACCUAGACAUCCAUUUGACAUUGUUUUGUGUGAAGGAGCUUUUCCGCGAGUAAAACCUGGAGCUCAUACAACAGAAGAGUCAGCCUUUAAUGCUGCUUUAUUGAAAAGAGCACAAGUUUUGACACCAAGCCCUGAUGACCACUCAGCUUUAUUGGGAGUUGUCACAAAAAUACAAUCAAUAUUAGAUAACAUUAUUAUUUCUCCUGGUAAAACAGAAGUAUCUAUUGAAGAAGUUAGAGUAGUUGGAUCAUUUAAAAAGGCUACUAUUAUGAAAGGCCAUUCUGUAGCUGAUAUAGUUGUCAUAUUUAAAACAUUACCUACUAAAGAAAGUGUUAUUAGUUUAUCACAACGUAUAAUUUCUGAUUUUAAAGAAAAUAAUAUAACUGGCAUAAAUAUAGCACAAGAUGUUCUGAUGGCACCUGAUAAUACAGGAUUUGAUGUCAUUACCUCUCAUGGAACUGUACGUAUUCUAAUCUCAACUAUAGCCGCUAAUCUUAAGAAACUUACUUCUGGUCUGCACUUAGAUGCAAAUGCAAUGAAGUUACACAUGAGUGCCAUUCGACACAGCCGAUGGUUUGAUGACAACGCAUCUCAUUCAUCAAACAAAAUGCUUGUAAGACUUCUUAAGGAUUUGCGGAAUAGAUUUAGUGGGUUACAAUGCUUAAAUCCAUGGAUGAUUGAUUUGCUGGCACAUCGCUCAUUAUUGAACAACAAGCAAACAUUACCUAUUCAAAUAGCAUACAGAAGAGUAGUUCAAUUACUAGCGGGUGGACUGUUUCUUCCAGGUUCAGCAGGUAUUAUAGAUCCAUGUGAAACUGGAAGUGUUAGAAUACAAAAUUUAUUAACAUUAGAACAGCAAGAUUUGUUGUGUAUGACUGCUCAACAUUUAGUUAGAGUUAUGGCCCAUGGUGGUUUCAUAGCAAUACUUAAUGGAAAUGAUAAUAUUUUAAAAUUAAAAUCGGUGAAUGGUAUUAAUUUGGGAGAACUACAGAAAGGGUAUGAAAAGCAAGAGGAAACUUCUGAAGAAGCUGACCCUGCUGGUGGAGAAAGUGAAGAAGUUGUUAUGGAAAAUGCAUGAGAAUUCGAAUCAUGUUAAUUUCUAAUGACUUAUUUUAACACUUGUAUUGGCACCCUAAAACUUUUCAAUUUACUUGGUAUUUCAAAUUUAAAUUUUGUGUGAUGUUUGUUUAAGGGAUUUUUUAAUUAAUAUUCUUAAUUUUGUUUAAAUAUUUAUAAAAAGAGUGUUCUCUAUGUAAUGAUUGAGAUUUAAGUAAGAAUAUUAAGUUUUUUUACCUAUGUAAUUUGACUAGUUUUAAUUUUUGUUUAAAUAGACAACUGAUUUUCUUUAUGUGAACUUAAGUAAUUAAUUAA